CUCCACUAAAAUAUGCCGCUUGCCACCGGAAAAGAAGAAAAAUCUCUGUAUUACUUCCGGGUUGUCAGCCAUGUGGUAAAACAGCUGUGCGUCAGGGUUCUGUUUACAGUGUUUUUAUUUUUCUUGGUUCUGCCUCUUGUAGAAGAAGAAACUGAAGAUGAAGAGAAGAGAGAAACAGCGGCAGGAAGCGGAGCGGAAGAAGAAGAAGACUGUAAGUUGCAGCGAAGAGGAAGACUCUGAUGUGGAGAAGAAGGUUUCUCAGUUUAACCUAAGAGGAUUGGAGGCAGAGGAGCUGCAAUUAACCGGACACGAUGAUGAAGAUCAAAACCAAUCAGGUGACGGGGCUGAGGAAGACUCUGGGGGCAACGAAGAAGAAGAGGUAUCGGAGGGGGAGAGUAAUGAUGAAGAAGAUGAUGAUGAAGAACUAGAAGAAGAAGGAGAAGAAGAGGACGCUAAUGCAGAGGAAGAUGAUGAUGACGAUGAUGAAAAGGAAGAGGAGGAACAUACUGGUGAUGGCACAGAGUUGCAAACAGAGGAACGCAUCAGGAAAGAACUGUCCAACAUGCCCUUUGAGGAUGUCAUUAAGCUGCAGCAACAAGUGGGAACUAAAGCGUUCAAUGAGGCUGCAUUCCACAACAAAAAAUGCCGACCUGUCAGUAGUAAGAAACGGCUGAACAAAAACAGACCAAUGGAAAUUUCAGCAAAGAUUCCACCGACCUUCCUACGUCAGGUCAUCCCAGUCAAGAAAUCAACCAGGAGAGAUCCUCGAUUUGACAGCCUGUCAGGAGAAUACAAACCAGAGAUUUUUGAAAAGACAUACAAGUUUAUUACUGACCUCAAACACAAAGAGAAAGAGGUCAUUGAGAAGCAGCUAAAGAGGACAAAGGCUGACCACAAGAAGGAGAAGCUGGAGUUCCUGCUGAAGAGAUUGAAUAACCAGGAGCGAGCGAGACAGAUCCAGGAGCAGCAGAGAGAGAGAGAGCUGCAGUUCAAGAAGCAGCAGCGAGAGCGAGCCAGUCGGGGAGAACGGCCAUUUUUCCUCAAGAAAUCGGAAAAGAAGAAGCUGCAGCUGGCCGAAAAGUAUCAGGAACUGAAGAAGAGCGGCAAACUGGAGAACUUCCUUAGCAAGAAACGGAAGAGGAACGCAGGAAAAGACCGCAGGAAGCUUCCCAGCAAACAGCUACACAACAAAAAGCCCUUUUCCUCCUGAGAAGUGUUGAAGAGCGAUCUGCUGAGAAAUGUUUAGUCAGCACGGCUAUAGAGACUCAUUUCAGUGGUCCGAUGCUGUUGGUUCCUCACAUCAGGUGAAGUUGUUCUGUAAAAGCUCUUUUUUGUGAUCAAAGAUGAUGGGAUUCAUGAAUGUUCAUAAAAAAAAUACUAAAAGCGUGUUUGAAGAUUGUGUCAGAUGUACAAAUGGUUCUUUUUUACAUGUAAAAAUAAUAAAGGAUUUCCUCAGUACUUUAAA